CUACAUGUGCUUUUCCUGUGGGUGAAAACAGACCGGAAGGAGGAGUGGCAUGAUGUCAGAAGACCCUCUUUCUCUGCGAUCCCCACCAGUCAAGAUUCUGGCUGCACAGCUGAGAAAGUGCUGUCGGGCCCCUGGUGGUCAGUGGCAGUUGGCUCGGGAGGAAUAUGGACGACCUGCGUUGGCAGUCCCCCUGGUGUGGAUGCAGGGUACAGUGCUCAGUGUGGAUCAGGACCGUUUGACAGUGCAGAUACAAGAUGAAAGCGGCUGUUUCACAGUUCAGGGAGUAGACAAGGUCCCCAAAGGACGGCCUUGCCUCAUUGCUGGCAAAUAUGUGAUGGUGAUGGGUUUGGUUCUGUCUUGUAGCCCGGAGCCCAUCCUUCGAGCAGUGAAGAUGACAGCUCUGAUGGACAGUGUCUUGAAUAGGAAUAUGUGGGAGCUGGAAGUGGAGGAUUUACACAGACAUCUCCCUUAGUGGUAGAGGCUGCAUUUGUUUUCCAAAGAAACUGAAGCCCCGAGGAGCCUUUUGAUGUUGCCGUUAAAACUUUAAUAAUUUUAAAUAAAUAAAUUUUAAACUUU